AUGCAGGCUGAUUUGAAUAACACAAUAAUUCAAGCCCAAUCCCCUAACAAGGAAGAGCGAGACCACGCAGAGAACACUUUGUUUCAAUUAUGUGAUUCCGAUCCUAAUGUGGCUUUUAGAUCUCUCCUACAGGUAGCUUGCUCCGACAAUUCACCGCUCAGCUCAAAGCAGUUUGCUCUCCUUUCUAUACGUAAGUUUACCACAAUGUAUUGGAGCGCAGGCUUUGAUUCUUAUAGAGGGCCUCGUGGAUUUGAGGAGGGUACGAAAAGCGUGGUGAGAAACACGUUGCUUCAAAUGUGUUUAGAAAGUUCACAAGAUAACACAAUUAGAAAUAUAUGUUCUUAUUGCAUAGUUCAAAUUGCUGCGAUCGAUUACCCAGAUCAAUGGCCAGAGCUGCUUCCAGCAAUCUACAAAGCCAUUCUCCAGCAUUCUUCUCUAAACGCAUUGUCCCUGCUAAAUGAAAUGUUUGAUGAUAUUGUUUCAGAAGAGAUGUUCUUUCAGAACGGUCUUGGCCCUCAAACAAUUCAAAUAGUUUUGACUUUGCUAACAUCUUCAACAGCUACUAUUCAAAGUAAAACGGCUGCCGUAAAGCUACACAAAGCCUGCCUUUUUCAGUUGCAAUCUCCCGAAGCAACACAAACACAAGAGCGGAAGAAUGCCCUUUGGUCUCAUAUUCAAGAUUCAAUAAACUUGUUUUUGAAUUUGUUGAAAGAAUGCGACUCGCAAGAUGACCAGACGCAGAACGGGACUGAUGCGUUAAACUUGAAGACUUCGAUAUAUGAGAAUUUACAGCUACUGAAGACGGGAUUCCCAAGGAAGUUAUUUUCGUCAGAUAAUUUAUCCAAAUUGAAACAUUUGAUAAUUAAAGACUUGGAGAGCAUAGCUCCUUUUUAUUUUGAAAAUGCCUCUACCCUAAAUGAGCUGAAUGCAAUAGCCCUCAACGAGCUGGGUAUUAAUCUUAUUUCACUUCUUUCUGAUUUGUACGAAAUAGGCUUCACUGAGACUGAACAGAACAAAAUCACAGAGAGUCUAAUUUUGGUAUGCUCUUUGAGCAAUAAUGAGGAACUAGACUGGAUUGAUGAUUAUAACUCUUUUGUUAGCAAAGAAACGGGUUUGGCAUCCUCCUACUUCAUUCGAGAUGAAUGCGAACAAUUCCUGAUGAAUUUAAAUUCCAGAAACUAUAGCAGCAUACUAGGAGACUGCCUUAAUGCGUCUACACAAUUUACCGAUAAAGAGUGGAGAAUACAAGAGUCACUAAUUUUUGUUUUACAAGCACUCUGCUCUAAUGAAGAGGAGUCUUUCAAGGCGGACUUAGAUGUAGUGAUAAAUGUUCUCAGGGAUUUGGAUCUUCAUGUGGAGAAUGUAAGCGUUCAUCAACUUGUUAAGGUCAGAAUGAUACUGGCCUUGCCAAAGAUUCUCGAAAGGUUCGUCGAUAAAAUAGAGAAUAUUAGAUUGUAUGUUAAGGGCUUUAUUGAAAAAUCAUUGACUCUUGCUAUGAGCUUCGAAAAUGAAACUGUGAAAGCUUCAACCCUGAUUGCCUUGACUUAUUACGCAUCGUUUGUGGAGCUGGACUCAGUUUUGGGGGACCAAAAGUUUUUAGAGUUCCAAAAGAUGAUAAUUUCGAUUGUUGAGAGUCUUUUAGAGACAUGUGAAGAUGAUACUCCUGCAUUUUUGUUGGAAUCCUUAGGUUGUACGUUGGGUUCUCAUCAUACUUUUACAAGAGAAUAUGAUCAAGUCAUACUGCGAUUGGUUUUACAAAUUUCAGCGAAAGAUCCUUCCAAUAUUCAGAUAGUUCUAACAGCUCAAGAUUGCUUGGAAAAACUACUGAAAAAUGCCACCAAUGAGUCAUAUAUAGAAUUGGCAGACAUCUGCAUUCCACUCUUUGUCAAUGUCAUGAAAGAAGGUGCAGUUAAUGGAUUUUCUUAUUCUCCAGUGCUGUCCUUAUCGUUGGAAUUGCUGACCGUCUUCAUGAAAAAGAAACCAACGGAUGGCCAUUUGCCAGCAAACGUUGUUCAAUAUGUUUUUGAGCCCCUUUCAAGUAUCUUAGCUAUUUCACAGGAUGACGAAAUUUUACAACUCACAACUGAUAUCAUGGCCUUCGUGGUCAACAACUCCGCAAACGAUGUCAUUGCCCCAUUUUUACAAGUGACGCUAUCGGUUCUGGAGAAACUUCUAUCUGUUAACACGUCUGAGUCUGCUGCAAUGAAUGUUGGCUUGUUAAUAGUCACAAUACUCGAGAAAUUCUCAGAGCAACUGCAAGAAAUGAUUCCCCGAAUUCUAGAAGCUGCAACUAAUCGUUUGAUUGAUGUGAAGAAUGUUGCUACAGCGGAUAAUCUGAUUUUUGUCUUCUGCUAUUUAACAUCGAUAGAUCCGGCGCGAACAAUUGACUUUUUGAGCUCCAUGAAGGUUAAAAAUGGGACUUCUACGGCUUUGGAGCUCGUGCUUCCUAAAUGGCUAAGUUCAUUUGAAGUUGUGAGAGGUGAACGAAGAAUAAAGGACAAUAUUUUGGCGCUUUCUAAGAUUUUUUUCUUGAAUGAUUAUAGAGUCUCAAAUCUCCCAGUCAAUGGCGAUUUGAUUCCAUACGCCGGUGAUAUAAUUAUAACAAGGUCUAUGGCGAAAAAAAUGCCUGAAAACUACACGAGGAUUUCUGCCUAUGAGAAAAUUAUCAAGUUGUUUAUCAUGGAACUAAGUUUCCAAGUCGCGCAACCAGAUGAAAAUAAUGACAAUCAUGAGUAUUCGAAGUCAGCCACUACAGUUGAAAGUAAGGGCGAUGAAGAUGAUGACGAUUGGGAAGACGUAGAUGAUGUACUUGACUAUGAGAAGCUUCAAACUUAUGUUGACGAUGAGGACAGCAUUAACGGUGAAGAGAGCGAUGGAAUUGUUAUCUACCCGGAACAGCAAGGCACGACAAAGGAGCUGUUAAUUCAAUUCUUCAAGGAAGUGGCCGCGAAAAAUGUGAGCAACUUUAGCGGUAUAUAUGACCGGUUAAGUGCAGAUGAGAAACGAGUUCUCUCCGAGGUACUUGUUUAA